AUGGCGCCCAUCUUCAUCAAGAGCAAGGAAGAAGCGCUCCCCGACGUCAAAAACUGGCUCCUUAGCGCAUUCCGAGAGAAGAAGGGCUACUUCGUGCCCAAGAAGGAUGUCUUUGGCGCCUACGCCGACUUCUGCGCCCAGCACCACUAUGAAUCCACCACCCCGGCCUCCUUUGGCAAGUUUCUCAAGAAGAUAUUCCCUGGGGUGGAGACCAGGCGGCUGAUCCGCAACAACGAGCAGGCCAUGUACUACUACAACCUCACCUCGACAGCCGCACCGGCCUCCUCGCGGCGGUGGACCAGCGUGCAGUCCUCCUCCACGGCGCCCAUCCCCUCGACCGGUCUGUCGUCAUCGACGCCGGCGCACUCUAUCUACGCCUCUUCUUCUUCAUCGUCUUCAUCGUCACCACAGGCCGCCCGGCGCCGCCGGACGUCGUCGCUCGAGUCUCAGCAGCCAACCGAGCCGCGCUUCCACCACCCACAGGCCCAUAGGCCGCAGCUCGACCAUCACCACGCGGCCCAGCAGCAGCGCCUGUGUCGCUCGGCCUCGCCGUCGCACGCGAUGUUCGGCGAGUUCGCCACCGCCGCGGCCCACACACACCACCACGCGCCGUCGUCCACGCUGCCGGCCCCGCCCACCUUCCAGUCGCCCAUGCCCUCGCCCUCGCCCUCGUUGUCGUCGUCGUGGUCGGCCGACGCUCGCCGUAGACGCAGUCUGUCGCCGACACGGCCGCGCCGAGGCGGGGACGAUGAAGAACAGGGAUACGAGGGCCAUCGGCUGAGCAGCAGCGGAGAGGCGCCGCACCACAUCGACGACCUGGUGGUGGCCAGCAUGCGGCGCAUUAAAGAGGAGCGCCAGCUGCCGAGCCACGGCGUGUCGCCGACAUCGCAGCGCCAGGGGCACUACCCACAGCAGCAGCCACCGCAGCCGCAGCCGUGGCAGUACCAGUACCAGCACCACCCUUACUACCAGCUGAUGUCAACGAUGAGCGCCCAACACCCCAGCGACGUGGCCGCCGCGUCGUUCGCUGCUGCGGCGCUCCAGCUUCCCGGCGUGGCCUUCGCUUCGUCGUCAUCGUCAUCGUCGACGACCUACGAUGCCUCCGCCUGGGCGGGCGUGGACUACCUGCACCCGCUUAUGGCCGCGCUGCCUCACUCGGCCAUGGCCCUCGCUGCCGCCGCCGCCGCGGCCUCGCACCACCAGCACCUCCAGGAGCUUCAGCAAAGCCACCACCACCAUCACCAGCAGCAACAGCAGCUCGAGUCGCGGCCGUCGUCACUGUCGGCAGUCUCGCCACCGAUGCUCUUCACCACUGCCACGUCGACCACCACCACAGCGGCCACGGCCCUGCCCUCGCCCGUCUUUGCGCGACACGCACUCGCCCCAGCGACGGCGACUGCGCUCAAACAACGGGGGCGGCUGCCCGAUGGAGCAGCAGCGGGCGCCAAGCGGAGGAGAGGAGAGCAAGGAGACGGCGAGUACCAGUACGAAGGGGAAAAGCCCAGCGAGGAUGGUGAGGAAGACAAGCCGCAGCCGACGAUCAAGGACGAGCCGCACGACUACCACGACAGCUACGCCGCCGCCGCCGCCUCCGGUUCUUCUUCAUCUUCUUCGCCGACCACCAACGACUGCGCGGCUUCUGGCGGGCGGAAGAAGAAGUCCCGCCUUGAUUUUAUCCUCAAUUAA